AUGGAUAAAAAUGAAAAAAAUAAUUUAAUUGACACAAAUACACCCAGGAAUAACUCUGAUUCUGAAGAUAACCACAAUAAUAAUAAUAAUGAUGAUGAUAAUGAUAUCGUUUUAUUAACACCAGAACAACAAAAAAAAUUAGAAAAACAUUUAACACCUCCCAGUUUACCAAUAUCAGAUGAUUAUAAUUUAACAAAUAAUAAUAAAUUUGAUUUAAAUAAAGAUAGUAAUAAUAAUAAUAAUAAUAACAAUAAUAAUAAUAAUAAUAAUGAUGAAGAUAGUAAUAAUAAUAAUAAUAAUAAUAAUAAAAAUGGAAAUGAUAAUAAUAAUAAAAAUGGAAAUGACAAUAGUAAUAAUAAUAAUAAUAACAAUAACAAUAAUAAUAGUGGAGAUAAUGAUAGUGGAGAUGAAGAAAAAAAGAAAAAGAAAAAGAAAAAAGAUAAGAAAAAGAAUAAAAAGAAUAAAGAUGAUAUUGUAGAUAGUGAAGAUAUUGAUAAUGUUAUCAUUCAAUCACCAAUGUUAAUAAAGAGUAAAAAGAAUAGAGAAAACCAUCAAGAUAAUCAAUAUACAACUGAAAUGUCACCAAUGGAUAGUAAUGGAAAUGUAAAGGUAUUAAACUCUACAACACCUCAAAUUGAAGUCGAUCCUGAAAUGUAUUUUGAUGGUGGUGAAAAGAAAGAGAAAAAGAAAAAGAAAAAGAAUGGUGGUGGUGGCGGUGGUAAUAAAGACAAGUUUUUAACACCUGAAGAAAGAAGAAUUAAAGAAAAUUCAAAAGAUGCAAAAUCCUUCUUUUCAAAUGAAAGAACUUUUUUAUCUUGGAUUGGUUUAACAUUUUCAUUAGGUGCUAUUGGUACAGCAAUUAUUACAUGGUUUGGUAGUGAAGGUGUGUCAUUGGCAACAGGUGUUUUCUUGUGGGCAAUUUCAAUGGUAUUUAUGGUUUAUUCAACAAUGCAAUUCAGAAGAAGAGGACAUGCAAUUAGAACAAAAACACAAGGUCCAUUUGAUGAUCAAAAGGGACCUUUAUCUUUAGUAGCAAUGGUGGUUAUUGGUGUUUCAAUUUAUUUAGUAUUCUUUGUUGUGAUUAGACCAACUGUUAAUAUCGGUGGUGAUGGUGGAAAUAAUUCUACAAAGAGUCUUUAA